UUUCAUUAAGUUUUCAUCUGUCCAAGUCAAGCCGAGUGUACGCGUCCACCGUGCGUAAAAAUCCACCAUGCCCACCAAGAAUGUUACUACGGAGCGGAUAUCCAAGUUCAAAAACAACGGGAAAGAUCCGGCUAAACUCCGAGAGAAAAGGAUCACGGUGAGCGUGGAGCUGCGCAAAGCUCACAAGGAUGAAAGUUUCCUCAAGAGGAGAAACAUCACGCUGUCGUCUCUCCCGGACGAAGAGGCCCUCUCACCCACGUACAUUUCUAACGAGAUGGUGGCCUUUUUACCCAUUGAGGCUAUCAUUAAAGACGUGAACUCAGACUGCAGGGAGUCCCAAACGCGAGGCUGUCAGGCAGCCAGGAAGCUGCUGUCUCAGGAACGUAACCCUCCUCUGAAGGAGAUCAUAGAUGCAGGCCUGCUGGGCCGCUUUGUGUCCUUCCUGUCUAUGGACGAUGAGCCGACUCUGCAGUUCGAAGCAGCCUGGGCUCUUACAAACAUCGCCUCUGGAACAUCUUGGCACACUCAACAGGUGGUGGAACAUGGGGCUGUACCAGCUUUCAUCGCUCUGCUGGCCUCACCGUUGCUGCACAUCAGUGAACAGGCUGUCUGGGCUCUUGGAAACAUUGCAGGUGAUGGCGCUGCUUAUCGAGACGUCCUGAUUGACUGCAAUGUUGUCCCAGCCUUACUGGCCCGCAUCUCCCCAGACACGCCAAUUGGCUACCUGCGUAACCUGACAUGGACGCUGUCCAACUUGUGUCGAAACAAGAACCCAUUCCCACCUAUGUCUGCAGUGUUGCAGGUGCUUCCCUCUCUGAUCCAGUUGCUCCAUCUCAGUGAUAAGGACAUCUUGUCUGAUGCAUGCUGGGCAAUCUCCUAUCUCUCAGACGGUGACAAUGACCGCAUUGACGUUGUGGUGAAAACUGGGAUCAUCCCUCGGCUGGUGGAGCUCUUGAGCCACAACGAGCUCAGUGUUGUGACCCCGGCUCUUCGCUCAAUCGGGAACAUAGUGAGCGGCUCAGACCUGCAGACCCAGGUGGCCGUCGAUGCCGGAGUUCUGAAAGCUCUACCACAACUGAUGAGGCACCCGAAGCCCAGUGUGCAAAAGGAGGCAGCAUGGGCGUUGUCAAACAUUGCAGCAGGACCCAGUAAGCAAAUCCAACAGCUCAUCACCUGCGGCCUGCUCCCUCCUCUGGUGGAACAGCUCAGAAAUGGAGACUUCAAAACUCAAAGGGAGGCAGUGUGGGCAGUGACCAACUUCACCAGUGGGGGCACUGUGGAGCAGGUAGUCCAACUGGUGCAGAGUGGGGCCCUGGAGGCGAUCAUCAACCUACUGCAGGUCAAAGAUGCUAAAGUCAUUCUGGUCAUACUGGAUGCCAUCAACAACAUGUUCAUGGCGGCGGAGAAGCUCGGUGAGACGGAGAAACUCAGCCUGUUGGUUGAAGAGCUGGGAGGACUGGACCAAAUCGAGAUGCUGCAGAACCAUGACAAUGAUAUGGUGUACCAGGCUGCUCAUAGCCUCAUAGAAAAAUACUUUGGUGACGAUGAGGUUGUGGGAGUCCAGGUUGACAGUACAGAAGACGCAUUUGUGUUUAAGACCCCUGAUGUUCAGCGCUCCUUUGAAUUUUAAACGCAACUAUUGUAUGUUUAAUUUAUGUGUUUGAUAUUUCAUGUUGAAUAAAUAAAGGUUGUAAACAUUUACUGUUAA